GCGCUUGCUGCACUUGCAUGACUUAAUUGGCCCACGGGAAGCAGAUCAAAGUUAAUCGUCUUGGCAAAGAAUUCCAUAUAAAAUUAUACGUACGCCACUAGUCUAACUAGUUUUUCCUGCAAUGACUCAUCAUCAACCAUCCAGAGAGGGAUAACAUGUCCUAAUGUACAUGAAUCAGGAUGGCUACUAUGCAGAAAGCAAAACACAAGAGGACAAAGGUUAUCCCUACAGAUGAACCAGAUAGACCAACCUCCUCCUUGUCUCAUAACUCUUGGGUUGAGGACUUUGAUGAUAAUCCAACAGCCAAGGAAAAAUUGGGAGUUGAGAAUAUUGCAUAUCAAGUGACAGAAGUUGAGAAGCUGCCUCAGGAACAUGUAACCUAUGACCUGAAAGGUCAUGGGGGUAGUAUGGUGUCAGUCAGACAAGCCGAGGAUGGUGAUCGGAUGGACUUCACUGAUGAGGAGUUGGACUUCAAGGAAGACAUUGUGAAUUCUGGAGAUACUGAGCUCCUAGGUAAACCAGCAAGCGAAGCUGGUUCCUAUGCGCGGUCUACCAGUCCCUUUGAUGAAGACAGCUAUGCUGGAUCCAUACAAGAGGAGGGAAGAAAGAAGAGGAGACGACGCAAGGAACGAAAUGUUGUGACACCUGUCAAUGAUGAUGCAGAUGUAUCAAUGUCAGUCAGUGAUGAGACACAUCCAGAACCUAAGAAGAAAGGGCCAAGUGAAGCCUGGAGUAUGUCCAGCAUGCAUGACAUCAGUCAGAUACCCAUGGAUGCACCACCAGCACGACCCAAGUCAAGCGGAAUGACCCGAGCUAAAUCCCCACAGACACGCAAUCGAUCCCCAGGGGUGGGGACUCAUUCUGCUAGUGCAUCUCGUGCUCAGUCUGUCAUCAGUGUGAGAGAAGCUGAUGAUAACCAGCGAGUUGAUGGGUUGAAUGAGACUGGGGAGUCAGGGAGCAAGACCAGGGCUACAGAGCACAAGAACAAUGGAGACAAUCGUAGUCUUGUGUCAGGAACCAGUCCUCUCUUGAAGCCUCCACAGUUGGAGCAUGAGCAGCAGGCUUAUGUUCCCUAUGUCUACGCAAGAGACUGUUUGACUAAGGUCAUGGAUGAUAUGAAGAAGAUGAAGAUGAAUCAUCUCCGUAUCGUUGGUCAAAUAGAAGACACUUACAAGACCAUUGAAGAUGAGACCCAAACCCAGUUCAAUAUGUUUGUGGGAGGUCUUCGUGUCCAGUACAAAGACAAAGUGAAAACGUUCCGUCAAGUGAUUGAGAUUCAUCGAGAAGAUUUUGGCAGUCAUAAGACGUACUGGGAGGAGACAUUGACGAGUUUAAAUCAUAGAAAUAAAGCUCUGAUGAAAGAGAAGAAGAAACUACUCAUCAUCAACAAGAUUGAAAUUGACAGAUUGGAGAAGGAAAAGGAAGAACUGACUCAAGAACUCACACAACAGUUGGAUCAAAACCAGUCAUCGUUUUCAUCCAGACAAAAAGGAUUAGAGGAAGAAAAGAAGCUCCUGGAAGACAAUUUGCAGUCAGAACUAGAGGCCGAGAAGAAAUUACACCAAGAAGAAGUUGAGAAACUACGACUUGAUCUAGAAGAGGCAAGAGCAAGUGCUGCUGCUGUGUCCAUCAUCACUGAUUCGAACAUCAAAGCGGUCACAAUCAAUGGAGAAACACAGCGAGCAUCAUCAGCAAGACGGACAUCUCAGACUAGUCUUCGAUCGGAAGGAAGGAGGGGAUCAGCGACUGGAUCCGUGAGAGGAAGCCUGGGUGUGGCAGCAACUGCAGCUGUAGUCAGCAGUGGGAUAUCUGAGGCUGAAAGAAAGAGAUUGGAUGAUCGGAGAGCACAGAUGGAGAAACAGUUGAUACAAUCUCAGAAGGAUCUUUUGGUUUUGCAAACAAAGUACGAUUUCAUCCAGGCUCAGUAUGCAACGCUAGCAUCUCUGGCCAAGGAAGAUAACGAUGGAGUGAUCUCAGGACAAGUAGAAGCAACUCAGAAAGAUCAGGAAAUCAUGGAUGAAGAAAGCCAACAACUGAAGGAGGAAAUCAGACAAUGGGAGGUGGACUUCAAGGAACAGAUGGGAAGGGAACCCACAGAGGACGAUAGAUCAGAGACUGUACGUGAGUUAGAGACUCAGCUCUCAGAGGCAGAGACUAAGAAGAAUGAGUUGGAUUCCAAGAUGGCAACAUUAAUUGCUCUCAAAGAGGGCAAGACACCUGACACGCAACCUGCAAGCAUACCUGAACCUGUCGUCAAAACUGUAGAGAUUGUGAUUCCUGAUCCGUCAACUGUAGCUGCACUCACAGCUUCUCAGGAACAAGUAAACGGACUGGAGACUCGCCUGAAGGAAAUGGAGAUCAGUCUGAGAGAUAAAGACAAGAAGAUGAAGACAUUGGAGAAGGAGAAGAAGAAAGUAGGCAAGAAGGAGAAACAUACAGAUAGAGGAUCAGGAGAAGAUGAUAAACAUCUCAAGAUGAUUCUUGGAGCAGUCGUUGCUCAGUCUGCAAUUCAGGGUUCAUCUGCUGAUGACAGUGCUGCAAAACUGGAGAAUGCAAAAGCUGAGAAGGAAGACUUGGUGGCAAAGAGGGACAAGGCUAAACAGGACUUGGAAUUAUGGGUAGAAAACUACAAUCAGGAACAUGGCAGCUCUCCUGAGGAGACAGACAGUAAUGAAGAGGCCAAGGCGCUGUAUGCAUCUUUGGAAGAGUGCAACACUAACUGUCUCUCCAAUGAGACAGAGAUCACUGCUUUGUCCAUACUGGUGACAGGGCAGAUACCUGCAGACCUUCAACCAAUGAAAGAAGCACAGGUGUCAGUACAAUCAACAGGUCCAGCAAGCUCCCAACAAAUUCAAGACCUUGAGGAUCGCAUCCAAGAACUGGAGGAGGAAAAUGAACAGCUUACAGAGAGAAAUUCUGAGCAAGAAGAGACUAUAAGAGAAUUGGAGCAAACAAAAGAACAGCUGGAAGAGAGACUAGCUGAGAUGGAAUCAGGGGGAGGGGCAGCAGCAGCUGCAACAGCUGCUGCAUUAGCAAAUCUGGACUUUGAUGAUGAUGAUGUGGAGGGUUUUGGAGCGCAACUGGCUGCUCUUCAGAAGCAAGUAGACAGUGUAGAGCGCAAACUCCAAGAUGAGAAAUCUGCUCAUGAUGACACUAAGGAGGAACUGGAGAUGAUCAAGGUGGAAUGUGAGAGUCUGAGAGGAGAGAAGAGAAGUCUGGAGGAAGAGAUGGAUGGGAAGAUUACCACGGCAACUGUUGCUAUAGCCGCUGAGAUGAAACUCAAAGAAAAGUCACUUGAAGAAACAAAACAACGCCUAGAUGUGUUGGAAGCGGAGAAAUUGCAGAACCUACCAGUUGAUACAGCUAAGGAGAUCACAUUACUACAGGGGCUAGUGAAAAAAGCUGAGAAGGAAAAAGAAGAUGCACAGAAGGCAAACAUCGGAGGCACAGCUGAUCUGGAUAAACUCAAGAUUGAGCUGAAAACCACGAAUGAAUCACUAGCUAAAGAAAGAGAGGCUAAUCGAGCUCAUCAGGAUAACUUGAAGAAAAAAAUGGCAGAAAAAGACAAGCAAGCUAAGGAUAUGGUGUCUUCUACCGAGAAGAAAUACUUACAGAGAGAAGCAGAGAAUAAGAAACAAAUACAAGCACUGGAGAAGAAGAACAAGGAGAUACUAGUAGCUGGAGGUACAGGCAGGACAGCAGGGGGUACAAAGGGAGGAACAGAUGCCAAGUCAGAGAAGAAGAUCAAGUUAUUGACAGAACAAGCUGCAACAUUGAAAAAGACGAUUCAGGAGAAUCAGGAUAAGAUACGCCAGUUGGAGAAGGAUGUGAAGGAGGCAAAAUCUGGAGGGACAGCUGAUAAACAAGCUGGAAAGAAGAUGGAGAAACAACUCAAGGAUCUUGAGAAGAAACUAGAGAUGGAGCAGAAGAAAUUUGAACGAGAGAAGAAGAAUGCUACGGAGCUGGAUGCCGAGCUCAAGACAACCUCUAAGGAACUAGACGGGGCCAAGGAUGAGAUCAAGAAACUAACCAAUCAGAUUGAUUUGUUGGGCGUGGCAGCAGCUGAAGCCUUAGAACUGAAAGAGAAAGUCACUGAGCAGACUGCAGAGUUGAAGAAACUACAGAGUGAGAUGAAGACACUGACUGAGAACUACAACAGUGAAAGGGUGCUGAGGAAGAAAUAUUACAACAUGGUUGAAGAUAUGAAAGGCAAGAUUCGCGUCUACUGUCGGACCAGACCACUCAGUUCUACAGAGAAAGGCAGAGGUAACUUCUCAGUUGUCAAGGCACCCGAUGAGUACUCUGUAGAGAUUCAAAGUACUCGAGGUUUGAAGGAAUUCCAGUUUGAUCAUAUCUUCAUGCCUGAGAGCACACAAGCAGAUGUCUUUGAAGAUACCAAUAACCUGAUUCAGUCUGCUGUGGACGGCUACAAUGUCUGUAUUUUUGCCUAUGGUCAGACUGGUUCCGGUAAGACAUUUACGAUGAUUGGUGAUAGGGAAGGCAAUUUUCCUGGCAUUGCACCAAGAGCGUUUGAAAAGAUCUUUGAGGUCAUCGAGGAGAAUAAAGCCAAAUUUACCUUCCGUGUUGAGACCUACAUGUUGGAAUUGUACAAUGACAAACUCAUUGACUUGUAUUCCAAGACACAUGGUGAGAGUGCCAAACUGGACAUUAAGAAAGACAAGAAGGGGUUGGUGUUUGUGCACGGUGCUGUGGUGCAAGAAGCAUCAAAUUCCAAGGAAUUGUAUGGACUGUUUGAACAAGGAUCAGCUAGUAGACAUGUUGCAUCAACCAAGAUGAAUGCGGAGAGUUCUCGGUCUCAUCUGGUCAUUGGCGUUGUCAUUGAGAGUACUAACAUCACCACGGGAACGGUUACUAAGGGAAAACUGAGUCUGGUAGAUUUGGCUGGUAGUGAACGUGCUGCCAAAACGGAUGCCUCUGCUCAACAACUAAAGGAAGCUAACUCCAUCAACAAAUCCUUGAGUGCUUUAGGUGAUGUCAUCUCAGCUUUAUCCAGUGAGCAAUCUUUCAUCCCUUACCGUAACAAUAAACUCACCAUGCUGAUGCAGGACUCCUUGGGAGGCAAUGCCAAGACUCUUAUGUUUGUUAACAUCUCACCAGCUGAUUAUAAUUCCGAGGAGACUGUCAUCUCAUUGACCUAUGCAUCCAGAGUCAAGUUGAUCACUAACGAUGCAUCUAAGAAUGCUGAUAACAAGGAAAUAGCCAGACUCAAGGAGAUUAUUGCUAAGAUGAAGACGGGUGAAGUGGUAGAACUGGAAGAAGAUGCCGAGGUGUAGUCAGUGUAAGUCACCACUUGAAGAUGACGGGAGUGAAUUGAGCCAGACACUUCAGAGGAACGAUUCAACGUAUACAUGGGGAUACCCUGUCAGCACCUGUACUACAUUGUGUUAUAUUGAAUUUAUUCGCUAAUGAGUGCUGGGGGAUUUGGGGCGGAGCUGUGACUAAUGAUUCUGUAGAACUGGUUUUAAUAUCAUGUGAAUGUGUAUUAUUAACCAUGUUAAGGAAAAAGGACUUUGAAUGUAAAGUUAUAUUGCUUGAUAUUCAAACUGUUAAACUGAUCUAAAUUUGCACCUGUAGUCUGAGCAAGAGUAAGGGCACAUCAUUACCAUUCUUAAGAUCUUUAGAAUUGCGUUAAGCUUAAAAAAAACCCAAAUUUUUGAAUUAUAUUUUUGGAUUGGCAAUAUUUUAAUUUUCCUUGGAAUCACCAUAGUAUUUGACACUUUUUGAAUUUGAAUUUUUGGAAUGUAGAUAGUAUACAAAUUCAUUAUAUUUAGAACAUUUUGCUUAUUUUUCUAAAAAUCUGUAAAGUGCUUCACAAAAGUGAUGAGAUGAUUAUGUAUAUAUUUUGAUUUUUUUCUAUAUUUUGUGCUGUAUAUUUUUUCUUCUAUAUUUUGUGCUAUAAAAAAUGAAGAUUUGUGAGAGCAAAAAAUCAACAACUUUUUAUCAGUUUUAUGUAGGAAAUUGUGUCGGGAUAAAAAUAUAUAACAUCAUUUUCCACACCGUAACAGGAAAGAGAUAUUGUUUUUGGUAAAAAGUGCACUAUUAUGUGCAACUUUCAUUUUUGUAGGCAGGUACCAUUUUGAAUAGUUUAAAUGAAUUUUACAUCUUGAACAUGUUAUUCUUUUGGUCCAAAUGAAAGUGAACGAUUUAUUGUUAUCUUUAUCCUCUAGAUGUUGCUUUUUAUUUCUGUUGAUAAGCAGCAUAUGAGGCAAGAUAUGUGGCAGAGGGACCCACCCUUCUUUUGUGUUGGUCAUUGUGUUACAGGAAUAUCAGGAAUUCUUUUGAGAUAUUUAGGAGGAUGUGUUUGGUGACAAUAAGCUAGAGUUUGUGCAUGUAUAAGAACAUGCCAUCCCGGUCGCUGCCAUAAAUCAUGCGGGCCAUAAAAAGCGGUAGUUCACAUUUGUUUUUUAAAGAUCAACUGUUCAUAUUAAUUUUAAAAAAACACCUAAGUUUGAUAGUUUAUCAUUUUUAUCCUGAUCCGUCCAUUUUGACCCUGAAUGUCUGUUAUACAUGUAGGUUAAGUUAACUCGACAUUCAUUCUGUUUUUAUUAAUAUUAAAAGUUUUCUUACAGAAAUUCUGACUUAUCUAUUUUUUUUCAACCAUUUUAUCCGUCCAACAUGAUUUGUAACAAUUAAAUGUAAAACAUUCUCAGAA